UCCAAUUGUACUGUGUCCCUCUGAUUAAGCAGUUCAAUUCUAAAUGUUUUUUGUGAUGGUUUUGUUGAUGUCUUAGGGUUUGAUUGUAAAGGAAAUAAUGGAGAGAAACUCAUUGAAAUUUUCAAACCAAUCACACAAAUACAACCACCACAAUCCGUCACAAGGACGGGUUGUUUGUCACACCGACAGGUUUAUAGUCUCCCCGCUGGACCGGCAGGCAUCCCAUAGAGAUGCAGUGGGGGUGGGGCCCCUGCAGCACAACAUGCCAUGAUGUAACAACGGCUGUAUUUUAAGAGGAGGCUCUCUGCAUGCUUUCCAUUCACAGAUUCAUUUGGAUACCUUCACUGAGCGAGGCUUCCUAACGUGGCAUUUUAACCUCCUUUCAUUAAAUCACGGAACAAUCAAAACCUUUGGUAAGAUCUUUUCUUUCAUAUAUUUCUGUUACUCUAACUUGUGUUUCAUUCUAUUUGUUUUGACCUUUUUUUCUUUGUCUUUUUAGGAUUUGGAGUAUGAUUUUAAGGCUAAUAGCUUCUGAAAAACCUUCUAUGGAAAAUCAAGGAAAACAGUUUAUAGCUGGGACAAAAUUCAGCCAGAGGGACACCUUUAGAGAAUCCUGAUCUCAUGUUUUUGUCAUAAACUGCUCAAACAAAGGUAAGGAUCAAAAACACAUUUGGCUUGAUAUAAAUUACGAGCCUAAUCUUCCUCUAACUACACAGAAUUUUCUGUCAUUUAGCAUCUUUUAAAACUCCGCUCAUGGGUUUCCCUUGGGCGAAAUGGAGAUUUCAAUGAGCCGCUUCCCACUCUGGGACCAUUUUGAUAGAUUGAUUAACUUUUGGGUGAAAUUUCCUUUCUGUGAUCUAUCUUUUCCAGAAUUUGAAGGAGCGUCCGGCCCUGUGUCCGCAUCAGAAAGCCAUUCUUCAGUGCUUACAUUGGUCAAAAUUAUAUUGAGAAAUGGUUGGAUUUAGACCAGCAGACGUGCCUCCAUCGGCAGCUGUGAAGUUUGUGGGAGCAGGAACAGCAGCUUGCAUUGCUGACCUGCUAACCUUUCCCCUUGAUACAGCCAAAGUGCGGCUACAGGUAAACAAGUGAUACUGUACAUACUGACCUAGAUAUGCUAAAGAAAAAUCAAGCCAGUCCUGAAUACUAUCCUCACCUAACAUAUCAUGACCUUUCAUCCUGCACAGAUCCAAGGAGAGUCCAAAACUUCAACAGCAAAAGGGAAGCAGUCUGCAGUAAAGUAUCGAGGAGUGUUUGGCACCAUCACAACCAUGGUGCGCACAGAGGGGCCCAGGAGCCUUUAUAGCGGACUGGUUGCAGGCCUGCAGAGACAGAUGAGCUUUGCCUCUGUUCGGAUCGGUCUUUAUGAUUCUGUAAAGCAGUUCUACACCAAAGGCUCUGAUCGUGAGUACAAGUGAACACAAUGUUCAUAUAAUUUAUUUUGUCAGUAAGGGAGGUCAGCACGGCUCACGUCCCUCUUUUUGAUUUAGAUGUUGGCAUUGGCAGUAGGCUGCUCGCAGGAUGUACCACUGGGGCGAUGGCAGUUGCUUUUGCCCAGCCUACAGAUGUGGUUAAAGUCCGCUUCCAGGCUCAGGCCAGGUCUCCUGGGCAUGCAAAGCGCUAUUGCAGCACUAUUGAUGCUUACAAGACCAUUGCAAAGGAGGAAGGUGUUCACGGAUUGUGGAAAGGUACUUCCAGCUUCACAGGAUUACUGAGGUGUCAAAGUAAGUCCUUUUUCAAACAACUCUUCUCAUGUGCUUAUCUUUCUCUCUCUCCUGCAGGAACAGCUCCAAACAUUGCAAGAAAUGCAAUAGUAAACUGCACUGAGCUGGUGACAUAUGAUUUCAUAAAGGACACACUUCUCAAGUCCACUCCCCUGACAGGUAAAACAAUGGCUUUCAGUAAGGUGCACAGGUAUGAUUCAUUGGCCUGCUGUUUUCUCUGUGGAGCGGUGACUCACGGCUUGUCCUCCACAGAUAAUCUACCCUGCCACUUCAUAUCAGCUUUUGGUGCAGGCCUAUGCACAACAGUGAUCGCCUCUCCUGUGGAUGUGGUCAAGACCAGAUAUAUGAACGCUGCUCUCGGUCAGUACAGAAGUGUCCUUAACUGUGCUGCAGCCAUGAUGACGAAGGAGGGACCACUUGCCUUUUAUAAGGGGUAAGCACUGACAAUAAUGAACAGAUAAAUGAUGACAUUAGUGAAAUGUAAGGGAAAAAAUGUACAAAGUAGCUGUUGAUAUGAAUUGAUUACAAUUUAUCUUUUUUCUUCUCCAGUUUUAUGCCAUCUUUCUUGCGCUUGGGCUCCUGGAACGUAGUGAUGUUUGUUACAUAUGAGCAGCUGAAACGAGCCAUGAUGGCAGGAAAUCACAACUGCACAAACAUUCUGUAACCACUGUUGUCAUGGAAGGCUGGUGCUUUAGUACAGCAGUGGUAUUUACUGUACAUGUCAGAUGAUAAAAAAAUGUGUAAGAAACUAAUCAAUUUUCAAAAGUGAGCGCUUGUUUGAUCAGCUGCCUACUCUCAGCUGACAGCUUCUCUGGAAACUUCACAUCGAAAGUAAUGAUGAGGUUUCCUCUCUGAGAAGGGUCCUGGGGCAGCGGCAUUCCCUGUCCAGGCACCACCUUUUUGUAUGUGGGGCUGUUAACAAAACAAGUGAAUAAGAUAAAUACAUAUGAUCUGCAU